CAAAACAACCCACACAAGCCGAGCCCUUCCCUUCCUGUCUGCUCCUCCUCCCCACUCUCUCUCUCUCUUGCUCUUCCCGAGAAGCGGACGAAGCGAAGAGCAGCAGAUUUCGAUCCGGUUCCCGACGCCCUCACAGGAUUCCUGUCCUGUAGCUAGGUAGAGAGCUUCCCCCGUCCUCCCCACCGCUCGGAUCCGGCGAGCUCGCGGCCGGGAAGGCCCAGAUCCGGGGCCGUUCCGGUGUCCUCCUUUUGCUGCGCGCGAGUAAGAGCGAGCUUUGCUGUUGGCCAUGUCGUCGUCACUGGCGUGAGAGGACUUGGCGCAAAGGAAGAUGUGGAAGCAGUUCCUCAGCAAGCUGCCCCGGAAGUCCUCGGGCUCCGGGAGGGACGACUUCGACUCGGGCCAGUGCAGCAACGGGAAUGGGAGCUCGAUACAGCGCACGAGCAGCUGCGGCAGCAUCCCGGCCGGCCGGUCUACUUCCACCAUCAAGCGCAUGUCGUCCGCCGUCUUCCCCUCGAGCGUCGUGGCGGGCAUCGAGCCUCUGGUUUCCUUCAAGGACGUCCCCAACUCGGAGAAGCAGAACCUGUUUGUCAGCAAGCUGAACCUGUGCUGCGCCGUCUUUGAUUUCUCGGACCCGAGCAAGAGUUCGGCGGAGAAGGAUAUCAAGAGGCAGACGUUGUUGGAUCUUGUAGAUUUCGUCGAUUCGAGCAGUUCACGUUUCUCCGAGGCCGUGAUUGCUGCCUGCUCGAGGAUGUUUGCAGUCAACUUGUUCCGGGUGUUCCCUCCGAAUUACAGGUCCGGUUCUGGUGGUGGCGAGGGUGAUGAGGAUGAGCCGAUGUUUGAUCCUGCAUGGUGUCAUCUGCAGCUUGUGUAUGAGCUGCUGCUGAAAUUUAUUGGAUCCAACUCCCUGGAUGCAAAGAUAGGGAAGAAGUACUUUGACCACUCCUUCAUUGUAAGGCUGCUCAAUCUGCUUGACUCUGAGGAUCCAAGAGAAAGAGAUUGUUUAAAAACUAUUCUGCACAGGAUUUAUGGGAAAUUUAUGGUUCACCGUCCGUUUAUCCGCAAAGCAGUAAGCAAUAUAUUCUACCACUUUGUGUUUGAGACUCAGCGGCAUAAUGGGAUUGCUGAGCUGCUGGAGGUAUUUGGCAGCGUUAUUAGUGGCUUUGCAUUGCCGCUGAAGGAAGAACACAAAAUCUUUCUUUGGAGAGUUCUGAUUCCUUUACACAAGCCAAAAUCAGUUGGCGUGUACCUCCAGCAGUUGACAUACUGUGUGACACAGUUUUUAGAAAAGGACCCGAAGCUUGCGGGCUCAAUAAUUAUUGGUUUACUAAGAUAUUGGCCAAUAACAAAUAGUCAGAAGGAAGUGAUGUUUCUGAGUGAGAUCGAAGAGAUCCUUGAAGCUACCAGCAUGGUAGAGUUCCAGAAAUGCAUGGUUCCCUUGUUUCGGCGAAUCGCUCAUUGUGUCAACAGUUCUCACUUCCAGGUUGCUGAAAGAGCACUCUUCAUGUGGAACAAUGAUCACAUUAUCAGCUUGGUGGCACAAAACCGCCUAGUGAUCAUGCCCAUCAUUGUCCCAGCACUAGAACAGAAUAGUCAGAAUCAUUGGAACCAAGCGGUCCUUAAUCUGACUGCCAAUGUAAUGAAGAUGUUUUCUGAGAUGGACGAGGAACUAUUUUCAGCAUGCCUAACAAAGUGCAAGGAGGAAGAUGAUAACCAAGCGUCACUGGAAGAGAAGCGGAGGUUGACAUGGGAGAAGCUGGAGUCAGCUGCAGCUCUCCAACCAGUGACCGGCCAUACAGCCGUCCUGGUAGGUCGCCAACCGUCAGCAAAUUUAAUCGCGACGCUUAUUUAGCAUAUGUUCAGUGGAGGUGCAAAGGGGUGCUCUUCCCCUUUUCGGUGAAGCGCCCCAAGUGAACAACCUUCAGGGUUCACCGUUUUGCUUUUCUUUGUAAGUUGUAACUAUUUCCAGUAUGUCUAUGCUCCAGAGGCAACUCAUGCAUGUAAGAGCAAGUGCUGAGUGCUGAGACUCUUUACCUGUAAGUUUGCCCUUUUAUUUAUGAACGAUGUCCUAGAGCUUAAUUCAAGUGUCCUCAUGCACCAUGCUGCUUUCAUGUUUA